ACCUCGACCUCGCCAUGGCCGGCGGCGGCGACCACCCGGGCGCCAACAAGCGGAAGCGCGAGGCCGCGGGGAGGCCCAAGGCGCCGUCCAAGGGCGCCGCCGACGCCACCAAGCGGAAGAAGACCUAUGACCCCCCCGCCCCCUCCGCCAAGCCGCAGCCCGUCACCGCCAAGGACAAGCGGGUCGCAGCCAAGGAAAUGUCCGAGUCGAGGAAGAUGAAGAGGAAGCCCAAUUACAACCUCGAGAAGGAACUGGCAGUACUUUGGGAAAAGAUGAGAUGCCGUGAUGUGAGCAAGGAGAAUAGAUCCAAGCUAGUAACUGAGGCUCUCCGUAAAAUGGAUGGCAAAUAUUUCGAAAUUGCUGGAUCCCAUGUAACCGCACGUGUUCUUCAAACAUGUGUCAAGUGGUGCUCACAGUCAGAGAGGGAUGCUGUUUUUGCUGCCCUGCAGCCACAUUUGCUCCAUCUCUCUCGCAAGAAAUACGCUGUUUUUCUUGUGAAAAAGCUCAUAAAACUUGCCACUAAAAAACAGCUUGCCUUGUUCAUCUCUUCCCUUCAUGGUCAUGUCGCUUCUCUACUUCGUCACACAAUAGGAGCUGCAGUCAUUGAUUGUGCCUUCCAUCAGGCGACACCGCCUCAGAAAAGAAGUUUGUUGUUGGAAUUGUACUCCACCGAGCUUCAGCUGUUCAAGGACCUGACUGAACAAAAAUCAUGCAGUUUGUUAGAAACAAUUUCCAAGCUUGGACUACAGAAAUCAUCUGUCCUGCAGUAUAUGACUACUGUUAUCCAGCCAGUUUUGGAAAAGGGUAUUGUUGAGUAUUCCAUAGUACACACGGUCAUAUUGGAGUACUUAACAAUUGCGGAUAAGACAUCAGCCUCGGACGUGAUUCGUCAGUUAACCCCCCAUCUUACUCAAGGGUCAUCUGUCGUAGAUGGAGAGGAACUAUCAGGUGUCGCUGAAGUACCAACGAAAUCAAAAGCUAAGAAGAAAAGAUCUUCAGAACCACUUCUCAUUCGGAUCAUGCAGACGAGGGAAGGAUUGAAAUUAGGGCUUGCUUGCCUCAAACAUGGCAGUGCGAAGGAUAGGAAGAAAAUUAUCAAAAGCUUGAAGGGGCAGGUUAUGAAGCUUGCUCUCAGUGAUUAUGGAUGCCUUUUCCUUGCUUGUCUUCUCUCCAUUGUUGAUGACACAAAACUUGUUACUAAGGUUGUAAUUGAAGAGCUGUCAAAGCAGUUAAAGGAAAUCAUAUUUGAUAAGAACGGGAGACGCCCAUUGCUGCAGCUACUUCACCCACUUUGCUCACGUUAUCUGACUCCGACUGAUUUGAUUUGUCUGAACUACCGUGUGCCUUCCCUUAUUUCAAAGGAUGAGGCAUCAGAGAGUGCUAUUAAUGUUAACUUGGAUAGUAAGCUGGAUGAUGUAGCUGACAAAGAACAUGGGGGUUCAGAAGACACACUGGUUGCAUCUGAUAGCAAGAAGGACCCGUUUAAACGACGGCAAGAACUGUUGGUGAAAAGCGAGCUUUGUGAGGUUCUCAUUGAGACUUGCAUUGAAAAUGUUGGAGAGUUACUUAGAACAAACUUUGGCAAAGAUUUAUUGUAUGAGGUUGCUACAGGUGGAAAAAAUAAUGUUUUGGAGGGGGUCACCGACAGGAUCCACGUGCUUCACAAUGCUAUAGCUUCUGAUGCAGCACGCCCAAGGACAGAAGAUGUUGAGCACGCCUUUGAUAACUACCACUCGAGCCGCGUAAUCAGAAAGAUGAUACUUGAUUGCCCUGCAUUUGCCGCUACCCUGUGGAAAAAUGCCCUCGAAGGGAAGUGCAAGUUGUAUGCAGAUGGAUUCAGCUCCAAGGUGGUGGCUGCCUAUCUGGAAUCUCCGGAUUCCAAGGUGAAGGAUCUUGCGAGAUCCGAGGUGCAGCCGCUCAUCGACAGUGGCAUACUGAAGAUUCCAGACCGUAAAGCAGCGGAGAAGAAGUGAAGUCUUCUCUCGACGGUCCCCUCGCCAUCGCCAGCAACGCAAGCAGGCCAAGGCAGCGUCCGUGCUUGCCUGUUGGAUGAAACUGAAAGAGUGUAAUACAUACAUCCGUGGUCAUUCUACUCGAGGUGUAUGUUCAAUUUUGUCACUGAAUACCAAUGUUCUCGAAAUACAGGUCGUUAAGGUGUUUAGGUCAAUACUUGUCACUGGGGAGGUUAUAUUCGUGUGAUGUGGCAUAAGUUUGACCGUUCACCAUCA